GUGCGCGGCCGCCCGCCCGCCGUACGUGCGCAUACGCGUUGGGCGGCGCUAACCAUCAAUUAAAUAUUAUCAGUUUUAAAUGAUUUCAAUACAUAAUUGAUGCAAAAAUAUACCCAAUACAUAUAACAUUAGCAUUAGUUUUAAAUUUUCUUUAUGUAAUAUUUAAAUAAUUUAAAAUAUGUUAAAAGCUUUAAAAUAGUUUACUGAAGUGUGUUAGUAAAAGUGUACAGUGAUAUGAACGUAUGUACAGUGUAAAGUGAUAACCCUAUUCGUGCCUAAAUAACAGUGGACGUAUAAGAGAGAGUACCAAUAGAAAUCACGAUUGUAUCAAAAUGCAUUCCGUUAUAAGAUGUCGUGCCGCGCCACCGGACGAUGCACGUGUUUUUAUUUUCAUUUAUAAAUAGUCCAGACACAAACCGACACUCUGCGGCUGCAGUAUGAUGUCACUGAAAGAGAACAGUGACGUCACAGACGUCGGACACGCAGAAGAAGAGAAGAAUGGCAAAGUUGAACGAAAAGAGCCGAAAGAUUUGGCCGAGUUGCCCCCGAGCGGCACGUCUUUGCACAAGAGGCGCAGAGGGGAACCCCCUGCUUCUCUGUCCGUCAAAUCCCCUCAAACCCCUUCAGAUGCUGAAGGUUCAUCACCAUGUACCGCAGGACCUUCACCCCCUGAAGAAUACUGGUCCCUUAACGAUGGAGAAGUAACAGAUCCUGAAACAAUCUGUGAAUCGAUGCUGCAAAGGUUAAGAGACCAGAAUGAUGCUAUUUCUAAGAGAGGAAAAGAAGUAGCGCAAAGAACGAAGGACACGGUCGAAGCUUUAGAUCAGUUAGAAAAACUACUGGAAUUACUAGACGAGUUUGUGACCCUAAAAGAAUAUAACACACGUCUUUUAAAAAGGUUAAAAGACGUUAAUCAUUUGAAAAGGCUUCACAGUGCUCAUAAGAAAAUAGAUGGUGAAAAUGAAAGGUUAAAAUCAGAGACUAAAGAGUUAGAACUGAUUAAUGAGGCUCUAGAUGCCGAAUUCGAGUGUGAAUAUGGACAAAUACUCUUUGAUUCUGUGAUGAUGGGUAACAGAAGUAUGAAGAGGUCAGGUUCAAAGUGGAAAGGUCAUGCAAGGUUCGGAGGUUCCCUCUUGAGGAAGCAAAGGUCACGGUCUGCAGGAGGGGAUGAGAGUGACGUGGCUCCUGGUACUCCUUUGCGAAGGAGGUCUGAGGGAAUUUUCAUGAAGGAGGUGGAGAAAUCCAAGGUUUCAAAAUGGACGAGAGUGAAGGCUGCGUUUAGAUGGGAGAAAGCCCAAUGGCCACAAUCGGUAAUGGGCAGUGCCGCCAGUGCAGUAGCCGCUGGUGCCAUGGUAGGCGCCGUGGCUCUCGCGGGAUCAUCUCCAUCAUCAGCCACUCUUGCCAACCCUGAGCCCAGGGACUCCGCUAGUCUGACUCCUGGCAGCGCCUUGUCUCUUACUCCUAAUUCCUCUUGUGAGGAGCUAAGGGCUGACUCUGGUAUGCGCAAGAGUGCGCGGGAGGAUGGCGACAACACAUUCCUGCAAGCUCCUACGCAGGACGACAGUUCCACAUCACCGUCUCCGAACAAACUUCACAAAAGCACGUGGGAUAAGAUGAGAGGCAUCAUCCAGCCCCGCAAGGAGUCCGUCAAGAAGAAGACCACUAACAGAGGCUCCAAGAGUUCCCCUGACGUGGUGCCCAAGAGACGAAGGUCGCUCAGUGAUGGUGGAGACAGUGAUGCACCACCAGCGCUCACCCUGACCAUUCCUUCGUCUGAAGAACUUGAAUCUGAGCCCUCCCACCCCGUUCUUCGCAAGCAGCGAUCCCUGGAGCUCGGAGCCAGGCCUCCUCAGCACCGCCCCCCCAGAGCCUCCAAGUGGACCAAGGUCAAGAGAGCCUUUCUGACGUCUGCGUCAGCUUCUGUCCCGUCCAGCCCUAACAGGCAUUCUGCGUUCUUCACUGAUGCAGAAACAGAGGGCCUGAGCAGUGGUUGUGAAGCGAGCGGUGUGCGAGAAGAGAUAGCGCGUGACUACGCGGCAUUGCAGUCCAGGCUGAGAAGAGAGUUCUCUGAUAGACGGGGGAAGUUGUAUGCUGCGACACGUCCAGUAGCGACCGAGGAGCAGUUAUCAGCAGACUUCAGGAAGAAGCUAGCUGAGUGGCAGCUCAAGAAGGGAGUCAAACAACCUCUGCCAGUCCCUGCUCGACAGGAUCUUAGCGAAGACUUCCUGAGGAGAUGGGACGAAUGGAAACGCAUGAAAGAAACCAAUUCAGUGCCAGCUUGGGAAGAGGAAGCGAAACCGGAUGAAGUUCUAGUUCAAACCUCUACUGGACUCUUUAAAUUCCAAGGAAUUUCUCGUUCCUUCACUCGCAAGCUUCACGAGUGGGAGAAGUCACGAGGCAUCGCCCCUGAAGCCUCCACUUCAGCACUCCUGAGGGCAGCAAGAGCUCGCAACAGCAAGGUUCCUCAGGCACCCCUCACCAGGACCCAGUCUGAUGGCAGUGUGGCUCCGUCAGCGGCUGGGUCUGGUAGACUCCAUGCUUCGAGUCUUAGUGUCAAUGAUGCUGAUGAUUUCGAUUCGGAGUACGAUAGAGAAGAUCAUUCUCUGGGCAUCGACGACUGUGAUGGACCACAGACUCGUGGAGCAGUUCUGGUGGAAGUGGAAGACGAAGAGGUUUGCACAGCAGCUCCGCUCAUGGCUGUGACCCCACGCCAUACUCCUCAGAAGCCAGUGUACACUUACGGUCAAGCUGAGGCAAGACUGUUGUGUGAAACCAGCUCUGCAGUGACUGGGACGGCUGUUCUACAGCCCAAUGGAGCUGUUGUCCUUUCAGAUGCACGAAGUGUAAAAUCAAAGGAGUCAUCCGGAGCAAGACCGAAGAUCCGAGAACAGAACAAACACACAGAGAAGAGCAGAAAAAAGAUCAUGAGACAGCCAAGCAUUGAAGAAGAUGCAAUGUUUAUAAGAAAAACAAUUGAAGAAAUAGAAAGGGGAAGUUCUAGUCGUUUUAGAGAUAGGGAAGCUACAGAUAAUGAAACUCUUCACAAAAGUCCAGAAAGAGAAUUACCAGUUAUACCACACAGAGAAAUAGAAAGAGAUUACAGUCCUAAAACUAAUAAAGCAAGUGAUAAAGAAAGAACCGUUGAUACUAAAGAUAGAGAUAGCUUUGAUGAAUCAAAAGAUGAUUUUAAAAAGAAGGAAGCAGAGAAGACUAAUGGAAAAAAGAAAUCGAAGUCUAGAGCCAGGUUAGAAAGGGAGCAAUCCAAACCAUCAGAAAGUGAUACGGAGCCAGAAGUAGAUACAGUAACAGUAGAGAUACCAAGGAGAAGGAAAAGGCCGAGACGUGCAUCAGAAAAACCACGAACACCACCAACUUCACUGCAUUCAGAUUCAGAGGGAGAGAUAUUCGUCCUCAAAUUGAAAGCACCAGAACAGAGAGAUCACUCACCAGAAGUUAUAGUAAAAACCACACGUAAAAUCUUCUCACCAGUUGUACGCAGCGGCGAAUCAGUACCCAGAGCUGUAAUACCAGUAGACGUUGAGGACUUAGCCGAAGUCAGACCUUCAGACCACAGCCACAGACACGAAGCUAAGAAGAAAGAGCCUAAGUCUGAAAAAGUAAAGCAAGAAAAGACUGCUCGUUCCAAAAGUUCUGGUGAUCUGCAAGAGGUUGAAGAAUCAAAGAAGAGGACCAGACCUCCAUUGCCAUCUUCUCCGUCGUCACAGAGGAAGCCACAGCCACCGAAAGAAACUGCGCCGUCAAUCAGGAUAAUGAUUCAGCGUUAUAAUAAAAAGAUUAAUGAGGAAGGGCAUACUUCAGGAGCCAGCAGUGGUGCAUCAUCACCUGCGUGGAGAUCACCGUCUACUGAACGGCGAAGACCUCCCGACAUGCCUGUUGGUGUUAACAUCAGAAAUAACCCAUUCCUCGAAAGGGAAGUCCAAAAGUCAGCAAGCGCCUGCCAAUUAUCAAGACGUGAUGCUACUUCAGCAGAGAAGCGGCUCACCCCAGCCCCAACAACUGGACUCGAUGGAGUACUCAAAUCUCACAGUGCAAACGCUCUUCACCCAGAGAAAUCUAUCGUUGAACAAGUAAAAAAGAAAAUUGAAGAUAGUCAGGAAACUAUAAUACCAACAGCCAGUACUGAUACUAUAGUGCCUGAUCUUACGAGAAAUCUUCCAGAAACAUCUUCGAAUGCUGAAUCAAUGCCAGCUUUGAGGAAUGUUUCAGAUGUGACAGUGCCUACAUUCAGUAGUUUCAUGUCAGGGCAACCAGGGUUGUUCGGGAGGUCGAUAUCUACUGUAGAAACUCCGACUCAUUAUGAGGAUUACGAGGCCAGUGCUGCAACGUUGUCAGAGAGGGCUGCGAAACUGAGGGCCGCGAGAGAGAGGUUCCUGUCGUCGACGGUGCCGAUGAGGAGAGAGGGAACCAGCUCUGCUAGCGAUUUGAGACCUGGAGACAGGUCAAGUAGAAUAAGUUGUGAGAGCGACGUAGCUGAAGGGUCUCAAGGGUCCAGCUCGCAGGAGGCUGGAGCACUCGGCAGGAGUGCGUCCACAGGCAUGGUCAAUGUGGAUAGGGAGGCGUGGCAGAGGGUGGCUGAAGGGUCUCGUCGAGAAAGUCGUUCAAAGUCCCGGUUCAGCCUAGCCAGACUGACAGCCAAGCUGCGCAGACGCGACGAGGGAGGAGCGGUCUCCCGUCUCUGCCGUCAGAGUCUACUGGUGCAGCUCAUUAACAAACACUGAAUUAUUGUAAUUAUAUUGUACGCAUUGUA